AUGGGAGUUGCCUACAGUGUUGGAGAGGUCGACCACCUCUACACCUUCUUUGUCCAGUGGUCGCCGGACAUCUACACCAAAGACAGCAAGAAACACUGCCGGCCCCGCUACCUCAUCAGGGAGAAGAGCCAGAACCGCUUCCUGGUAGUGGAGAAAAAUAAGGUGGCUGUGAUCAACAAACUGCUCAACAACCAUGCCAGCCCCACUGCUAACAAAUGGGAGAUAAUCACAGUCAAGGACUCCAAGCGUCGACAGAGUCUGUGCAGCUCCGAGGGCUCUGAAGCAGAAGAGCCUGAGUACCAGGAGGAAGCUGAGGACCUUCUUCCUGUUCUCAGUGACCACAGCCAGCUGCUGGAUGACAAUCACCUGGAGAGUCUAGCUGCCCACAUGCCAGCCAGGACCAAGGGCUAUCCAUGGCAGCUGGUCUACAGCACCGCGGUCCAUGGGACCAGCCUGAAGACUCUGUACAGGAAUAUGGCUGCUUUCGACAACCCUGUGCUGCUGGUCAUCAAAGACAUGCACAACAAGGUGUUUGGAGCUUUUUCCUCUGAUCCAUUCAGAGUCAGUGACUGCUGCUACGGCACAGGAGAGACUUUCCUGUACAGCUUCAGCCCAGAUUUCAAGGUGUACAGGUGGAGUGGAGAGAACUACUACUUUGUGAGGGGCCACUUGGGGUCUCUGCAGAUUGGUGGAGGAGGGGGAUGCUUUGGUUUGUGGCUGGACGGUGACCUGUACCACGGCUCCAGUUAUUCCUGUCCCACCUUCCACAACGCGCCUCUCUCCACGCAUCAAGACUUCCUUGUGCAAGAUCUCGAAGUCUGGACCAUCCAGAACUGAGGAACAACCACUGAAAGAUGAGGAAAAAUUACAGAGUGAAGCGCAGUGUCCUGUCUGGAGAUAGGCUUGUACUGUAUGUGGCCUAGACUGGUUUACCCCCAGUUUUGAGCUGUCAAAACAGAAGUUAUCAGCUGUGCACAUGGCCCAGUCAAGCCCGCUCCAGCAGUUCUCAGGCUGGACUGUGCCCUCCAAUACCAGUUUACUUGUGUUUGUGCUGGUCUGAUCUGUGUUUUUCACCUGGUUCUACUCAAGGAGAAGUGGCUAGAGAGAAAUGCUAAGAUUCAGGGUUCUGCUGUAUGCUGCUGUAAGCUUCCUGCUUUUCAUCAGUGGCCCUGCACUAAGCUCAGUACAGCGCGUAACUGGCCUCAAAGCUUUAAGCCCUCCAUCUCCUCCCCUCGGCUGUGGAGAGCAUUAUAAUACAAAGUCCAUAUUAACACUAUUCACUGAACAGCAUGCAUCAACAUCAGGAAUUUUGAAUGUGUGUAUGUAUAUAUAGAUACAGAUAUAUAG